AUGAGUUGCUACCAGCAGAAGCUACCGCCAGGAUCCACUAGCCAGCAGGAUCCACCAGCCAGCAGACUCCACCAGCAGAAAUUACCAGGAAGAACCACCAGGAGAGCCACCAGCAGGAACUACCAGCAGGAACCACCAGCAGGAACCACCAGGAGAGCCACCAGCAGGAACUACCAGCAGGAAUUACCAGGAAGAACCACCAGGAGAGCCACCAGCAGGAACUACCACCAGGAAUUACCAGGAAGAACCACCAGGAGAGCCGCCAGCAGGAACUACCAGGAGCGCCGCCAGCAGGAACCACCAGGAGCGCCGCCAGCAGGAACUACCAGCAGGAACCACCAGCAGGAACCACCAGGAGAGCCACCAGCAGGAACUACCAGCAGGAAUUACAAGGAAGAACCACCAGGAGAGCCGCCAGCAGGAACUACCAGCAGGAACCACCAGGAGCGCCGCCAGCAGGAACCACCAGCAGGAACCACCAGGAGCGCCGCCAGCAGGAACCACCAGCAGGAACCACCAGGAGAGCCGCCAGCAGGAACUACCAGCAGGAACCACCAGGAGCGCCGCCAGCAGGAACCACCAGCAGGAACCACCAGGAGCGCCGCCAGCAGG